GCAGUAUUUCACAGAGCAGAGAGAGAGAGAGAGAAAAGAGGCUUCUUCUCAUUAGAGGAGGAGGAGGUGGAAGCACUCCAAGAUCAGCGUGCUUGAUGUCUGACACACUCAUACUCGCACACAUAGUGCUAUGAGUUAGAGGAAUCCAUCGGCUGUGGUAAGAGUGACAGGAACAGUCAGCCAGCAUUGAGUCACAGCCUUACACUCGGUUUAGACACUUUUCUUUACACUGGAAUCCACAGAAGCAUCUCAAAUCCACACUCACACACCCUAAACGUCAAUGAAGUGAGUUUCAUCACAAUUCUCUCAUGACAGCUUACUAGUUUUCUUCUUUAACCGACAAUUCAGUCUGUCAGCGGAUGGAGGCUGCUUGUGGUGGAUCAUAAGGAGUCAGUGUGAGACUUUUAAGAGGAGUGUGUGAGGAUGGCAUGGGGUGUGUGGACCUUCAUGCUUUGCAUGACACUAUGGAUCAGCUCGGCAACUCAAUCGGCAAGGAGUGUGUAUCCAAGAUUACGACUAUCUCACAAAGAUUUAUGGGAGUUGAACAGGACGUGGCUGUUCCAGGCCGGAGAGGGGCGUCUGCCGCACUACAGUAUGUUACUGGAUGAGACCCAGGAAAGGCUCAUCGUCGGUGGAAAAGACAUCCUGUACUCUCUCAAUCUGGAGCGCAUCACUGCCCCUCACAAAGAGAUUCACUGGGCGAGCUCUGAGGAGCAGGUGGGGGACUGUUUAAUGCAAGGCAGAGAGAAGCCGGAGUGUGCAAAUUACAUUAAGCUGGUGCAGCAUUAUAACAGCACCCACCUGUUAGCAUGUGGAACUGGAGCCUUCAGCCCGGUGUGUGCCUAUAUCAGAGUGGGUCAGGGAACACAGCAGGAGCAAGAGUUCAAGCUGGAGUCUGAUCACAUAGAGAGUGGCAAAGGAAGAUGCCCAUUCCAUCCCAACAGCCCUUCGGCAUCCACUGUGCAUCGAGGGGAGUUGUUUGUGGGCCUGUACACUGAUUAUUGGGAGAAUGAUGCCGCUCUCUAUCGUCUUGGCAACCACAGCUUCAUUAGGACUGAAGUGGGUGACAAACAGCAGCUGAAUGAACCCAAGUUCGUGGGUUCAGCAGUGAUCCCUGACAAUGACGAUCCUGCUGACGAUAAGGUCUACUACUUCUUCACGGAACGAGUGGCCAACAUGGAGGGUGGAAACAAAGCCGUCUACACCAGAGUGGGAAGAGUCUGUGCGAAUGACCAGGGUGGUCAGAGAAUGCUGGUAAACAGAUGGAGCUCUUUCCUGAAGACUCGUUUGAUCUGCUCAGUGGCUGGACCCAAUGGCAUCGACACACACUUUGAUGAGCUCGAGGAUGUGUUUGUGCUGCAGAAGAAAGAUGAGAAAAAUCCAGAGAUCUUUGGACUUUUCAGCACCACCAGUGCUGUGUUUAAAGGAUAUGCAGUGUGCAUGUAUAACAUGGAAGACAUCCGGGCAGUAUUUAAUGGGCCUUUUGCACACCGGGAACGGUCUGACCACCACUGGAAGGUGUACGAUGGCAGUGUCCCUUACCCGCGACCUGGAUCGUGUGCCAGUAAGAUAAAUGGAGGCCAGUUUUCCAGUUCUAAGGCAUACCCGGACGAGGUUCUUCGUUUUGCACGUUCCCAUCCCCUCAUGUUCCAGGCAGUGCAGCCCUUUCACAGGCGACCCAUUCUGCUGGACACCGAUGGAGGACGUAAACUCACACAGCUGGCGGUGGACCGGGUGGAAGCUGAGGAUGGACACUACAAUGUUCUCUUCAUAGGGACUGAUAAUUCUGUAGUAUUAAAAAUGAUCACAAUCUACAACAAAGAAGCCGGCACAGUUGAAGAGGUUCUUCUGGAGGAAUUGCAGGUUUUCAAGGUCCCUGUUCCUAUUACAGAGAUCCUUGUCUCUACCAAAAGGCAACAGCUGUACGUGGGCUCUGAGCUGGGUGUAACACAGAUUCGUGUGCACCAGUGCGGGCUUUACGGAUCCGCCUGUGCAGACUGCUGCCUGGCCAGAGACCCCUACUGUGCCUGGGACGGGUUCACAUGUUCACGCUACUACCCUGCAGGCCUGUAUACUAAAAGGCGCUUCAGACGGCAAGAUGUCCGCCAUGGCAACGCGGUUCAGCAGUGCAAUGGGCUUCAGCUUAGUGAAGAACAAAGCAUCUCAGAAAAGCUGGUAUACGGUGUGGAGAACAACAGUACCCUGCUGGAAUGCAGACCACGAUCACUGCAGGCAUCUGUAAUGUGGUACAUUCAACAUGGCGUGGACAUGGAGGAGGUGAAAGGUGAUGAUCGUGUGAUUCACACCCCCCAUGGCUUGUUGCUCCUUAAAAUAGCGAAGGGAGACGCAGGAGUCUAUGUGUGCCAGUCCACGGAGCAUGGCUUUGUCCAAAUGGUGGUUCGUGUCACUUUGGAGGUGCUGGAGGAGAGCAAAGUUGAGGGUCUAUUGCAUAAAGGAGAAGAGGAGGAGGAAGGUGAUUCUCUGCACAGACCUCCGCCCUGCCCUUUUCCCAACCUACCCUCUGCCUCCUCAAAGCACUGGUACAAGGAUUUCAUGCAGCUGAUCGGCUACAGCAACUUCCAGCGGGUGGAGCAGUAUUGUGAGAAGGUGUGGUGCGUAUCGGACAGGAAGAGGAAGAAACUGAAGGGAAUGGCACCCAAAUGGCGGUACACACCUGGGGUAGAGCAGCGGGCGAGAGCACGGGCACCUCGACACACACAGUAAAGACUGUUAGAUGAGACAACUAACCAUUUAAACGCAUGCUCCGUGCAGAUGAUCAAAUCUAGACAUUUAUUAAUAUUAUUAUUAUAUAAAAAAGAAUGAAUGACUUGUCUUACUGUUGAAUCAUUCGAUCUGAUAACCAUUACUACAGUCAAAUAUGCCAGAGAGUUAAAGGUACACUACGUAAUUUUCUCAUAGACUAAUGGUGUGUUCACACCGAAUGUGAAUAGAGCUUCAAAUACGCGUCUAUCGCGUCUAGUUAGACGCUUGAACAUUCACUCGAGUUCAAAUUUUUCAACUUUCAAGCACGGAAGAUAUUCGCGGCAAACGCGCCGCCCAAUUCGCGUCAUUCGUGACGCCCGGCGCGAAUGAUGCGUCUAUUCGCGUCUUUGCAUUGACUUUGUAUGUAAUCUACUCUCGCAAAUAUUUAAAUCUGUGUUCGAUGUGAACACACCAUAAGGUAUAAUAGAGGGUGACACGGGAGUGGAUUUUCAAACCUCUCCCGUCCCACUCCCACAAAAAAAAAUCCUGUCCCGUCCCACUCCAUCAAAAAAAAAAUCCCGUCCCGUCCCAAUCCCAGAAGAAUGACUCCUAUUCCCUCCCACUCCCGUAUUGUGUUAUUUUUUUUACCGGAAUCUGUCAGUUACAGAAAAAUAACUAAAACUGGGUGGUUUAGAUGACACGCGCAUUCGCAAGGUCUCUCACUCGCUUUCUCUAUCUGAUUGAAGGCAGAUUGAAGCACAAUCUCUGUCUCGCGUGCACGCUCGCUCUAGAUUCCAGGAGAAUUUAACUAAUUUGCGGCAUAACUACUCGAUCAUGAGUGGCUCAACAAAUAGAUAUAUAGGUAGAUAUAUAGAAAAACUCAUCUUCCAGGCAUUUGACCUGCCAGGUUGACACUUCAGUGUGAGAAAUCAGCAGUGUGGCGUGUGAGCGUGUGAAACCAAUCAAAUGCGGGUGUCUCAUGGCCAAUAUGCAUGAGAGUUGGCAGCUAUAUUACAGCCACCAACUGGUACGGGUGUGUGGAGCACGUCAUUCACUUUACCAGCCACACCAAAGCAAACAGGAGAGCAUAAAGAGACGUAGCAAAUAUAAUUUAGUUAAAAAUGUAUUUAUAAAAACUGUAUAAUUGUGUAUAAAGUUGGGUAUCAUAGUGUUAUUACGAUUCCCGGUCCCGCCCACUCCCGCUGACAUUUUGUCUCUCCCGUCCCAAUCCCGUGAUGCAUAGUGAUUUUGUUUCUCAUCUCGCGGGAUUCCC